UCCCUCCUUCCCAUACUUACGCUAACUAGGGAUUUCCUCCCCUGCCUGGCCUACAGUAUGAGGUACCCACGCAACCCUCAGCUGUCAGCGUUUCGCUCGAGCUCUAUGUGUAUCAUUUGAUUCACAACGGGACUGUCAUCGGAGCAUGCAAAAAGUCACUGUAAGGCCUUCCCUGGCCUCGUGAAUCAGGCUUUGACACCAGCUCGAGCUGUCCUUGGAUGAGUCAUGCUGCUAGUGUUCAGCUCAGAGGUUCUGUACAGUCAGUACGUUCUUACUACAGGAUGUCUCGUAUCGUUGAGCCUCGCCAGGGAGGAGAAAAGGAAACGACCCACCCCCACUUCCGCUAGUACUCCUGGCAGCACGAGAAGGAUUAAGGACCUGACAGGAAUGUUUAUCGACUUUCCAUCCCACCGUUGGCCGCCCUUCCUUCAAGGCAAGACCUUAUUGUUGUUAUGCCUGACACGUGAGGAUUGUGGUCCACCCGGGAGGAAAUUUGGUCUCAAACUCUUCGAAGAAUGUACAUUCAUUAUUACCUCCAAACAUACGGGGUAUGGACGGACAGACAGGGAGGGACAUGCCUAUGAAACUUACACCGGAGAAACGACUGGUGACGACAGCAAGCCAGCCACUUUCUGGCGACAUCUAGCCAUCACGCCAGAGUCUUUGUGUUCAAUGCCAGGCGCCCUUGCAAGGGGGGUUGAUUUAUGUCUGCCGGCUAAUCCCAUACUGAAAAAGAACAUCUUAUGUAUAAAUUGGAAGCAGUACCUAAGCACAAUCACAAACACACGCACCCGAAGGACAGCCCAGUCGGAACCACAACCCACAAAUAGAGAAAAAUCGCCAAUGCGAAACUGAAAGGUCAAAGAGGACGAGUAUUCUGGAAGGCAUUGAGGGAAAGACAGAAACAGGGAUGUCAUAAAAAUGUCAUUUCGCAUAAACUAAAACAG